CUUGAGGACAUUUUCCUCAUGCCCAUUUAAUCUCUAUGUGGGCUACGUGGGUAGAUGAGUCUUUUAACAACUUUGAACAUUUUCAACAUUUCAACAUUUGAUAUUCAGCAUAAAUCCAGAGCGGAUGUGUGAUGGUCGCUAUGUGGACCCUCCUACCGCGGUUCCCACAGCGGAAGCGAGCGGUUGUGAGCGAGCUCUCCAGCUGCGCGCCGCCUCGUUCCCGUUCCCUGACAGCUCGUGCAGCAUCCAGCUCCAAGAGAGCACCUUUAACGACAUCCAGCAGCAGUUCGGGGACAUGAUGUUGCCCAGCAACGGCUACAGCGGCAAUAACAACAACAACAACAACAGCACAGGCGGCGGCGGCGGCUACAACGCCUCCCUGCCUCCCCCUCCCACCUUCCCGCUGCCGUGGUGCCAUGGACUCUCCUCUGAUGCGGACUACUAUGGCCCUGGGAUGGAUCACAGCUACUCGCCGCAGGACUCUUUUUCCUCCUCCUCCUCCUCCUGCUACGACUCACCCACCAGGAUGGAGCCCAGCUACCACGGCGUCACCUCCGACCACUACCACUAUCAGCACUGCAACCGCCAGGACUGUCACUGCCUGUCCCACUGCUGGCCGGCCCAGCAGGAGAGCUUCUCAGCCCCUGAAUACGCACCUUACUACAACCCCACAGACUAUGCGUACCCCUGUCCCGUGGAGGACAGCUAUUUUAGGAGGGAUUUGCAGAUGAGCUCUGAAAUGUGUUACAACGUACUAUGAUGAGCAGUAUUGUUUUGUGUUUUGACUGUAAAUAGGAUUCUCUUCAGGUUCUUGGUAUGUCUGUUUGCUCGAUGGUCUGCUUUGCAAUUCAGUGUGUGCUCUGUGACUUCUACUUUGUUGGAGUGAAUAUUAUGAAUGCUGAAUGGAUGGAAAUGCUGAUAUUUUUGUAUCAAUUCCUUUUUUUACUGCCUAGAUUUAUUUUCAUACACAACUUGUUGCCGUACUAAAUAAAAACGUGUUAAAAUGAAUUUCUCUUUAUUGGCAGACAUUCACACGGACAGUCUUG